AUGCGCGGCCUCUCCCUUCCGACUAUAAGAGGUCGCACUGAUCAAUUGGCGCAUCGGACAAGCUACAUUUGCCGGCAAUGUAGAGCUAUUCAAAUCAGUUCCUCUCCUUCGACAGAGUCCCCUCGUCUUAGUGGAGACGUCUUUGGCACGUCCGCGGGUGGGUUUAAGGAUGUUACAGAUGCCCGAUUCGAGGUGUUAGGGACGCCAUACUCCCUCCUCAAAGUAUCCCUAUCAGCUUCGCAGAGAUUAUAUACGCGCCGCGGAACACUCGUAGCGGUUUCCGGCAAAGCCCAAAAUGCUCAAUCCACCCUCUCCAUCCUCUCUCCCUUCACCCGCGCCGCCACCGGCGUCCCGUUCCUCUACCAACGCAUCACCUCGACAACGCCACUUACCGCCCUGAUAUCCACGAAAUCGCCCACCACAACGUUCACCGUGCUGCACCUCGACGGGACAACAGACUGGAUGGUAGCGCAGCGCUCCGCGCUCCUCGCCUGGACGGGGCACACGCUGACCGUGACCCCGCGGGUGCAGACGCGCCUGCCGCUCGCGCACUGGGGCUCCUCCGAGCUCACGGGGCGCGGGCUCGCCGCGCUCUCGGCGCCGGGGCACACCUACCAAGUCACGCUGGCCGAGGGCGAGGAGUUCGUCGCGCACCCGGCGAACGUGGUCGCGUACACGGUGACCAAGGCGCCGCCGCUGCCGUUCCGGUUCCGCAGCUCCGGGUUCGUCGGCUUCCAGAUCCCGUCGCUGACGGCGCUGCUGCCGAGCACCCCAUUCCUGGACAAUAUGCGCAAGACGGACGCGUACAAGUUCCUGAGCCGCGUCCUGUUCGCGGCGAGGACGGCGGCGCGCAGGACGAUCUGGGGCGAUGGGCUGUUCUUGCAGUUCCGCGGGCCGAUGACGUUGCUUAUGUCCAGCAGGGGGGCGAGGGUUAGCGAUGUGUUGACGAGCGAGGAUGUUAAUGAGCUCGCGGAUGCGCCGAUGGGGGAGGUGCCUAAGGCGGUGGAGCUCAAGACGAAGCCGAAGCUUGAUGCGGGGCCGCCGAAGACGGAGGAUAAGGCCGAGGUCAGGAUUAAUGUGGCGAGUGUUGGUGAGGAUGGCAAGGUGAAGUUCGUGGACGCGGAGAAUCUGAAGGGGUUCGAGAAGAAGUAG